GUGGCCACUUUCACUCUUAAUAGUUCACUUCGGCUGUGCCUUAGACCACUUGGAGUUUCACCUUGGCUGUUAGUUUUUAGUUUGAUCAAAAUGCGGGUGCGUGGGUUAGUGUUUUCAAUUUUCCUGCUCCUCCAAGUGGCUAUUUUCUUGGAUCAACCUGGUACCGCCGUAGCCCAGCAGCCAAUCAUCGAGCUACCAGUGGAACUGAUAGGUUUUCCAGUCAUAAUAAUCGCUGUGAGGCUGUCGAAUUUUGUUAAGAAGUUGGCCUACUCCCUCAACCCAAAGACCUAUGCCAGCAACAGGACACGUAGAUCCAUUUCCUCGGAAGAAAUGAUCAACAUGAUCGAAGCUGAAAAGAGAUUGGUCACGGAAUUAGGUGAAAAUGUCUGCAUUUACCCCAAGGUGUGUUUGUAUCACGCACAGAAAGCCAAGAAAACGGACGGUGACAAGGAAUUGGCCAUCGAUUGGGAUGAAGUUUUCAGCAACUACAAAUCUUCUGAUGAAAAACAGAAGGAGUUUUACCUACUCAGCGUCUUUUUGGGCGACUUCAUCUCGUCACCACGUUUCUGCAGACAACUAGCCAAGAGGAGAGCAUGCGUAGAUUAAGUAUUCCGUCAAGUUGUUCUCGAGUCGCUUUAGAAAUUUACGUAUGUUUUGAAAUUAUUUAUUUUGAGGCAGUGUAAUUUGCAGAACUGCGAGCACGGGGCAUAUUUUAUUACGAUCGUUUAAAAUUCAGCGAACGUGUCUCAAAACACGUAUCAGAGACUUUUAUUGUUAUUUUACCUAGUAAUUUGUUGGUAUUGCUCAAAUUUAUUAUUUAAUAUUAGUCGUAGGUAAAGGUGUAAAUGUCAAUAUUAGCUGGCUUUCUUGUCAUUAAGGACUGGCCUCCUUAUAAAAUGUGGGAAGUUAGGUAAGACUAUCGCCAUCUUUGUUCAAGGCCACUAGAGUAAUACUACAGCUAAUUGUAAGUCAUGGUUUGUUUGUACAUAAAAGAAAUAAAUAUUUUUUUUACUUUUA